AUUCACUGGACAUCCUCGUGCGGUCUGCAUCAGCUACUUGUCGCCGCCCAAACUCCUCCUGACUAUCCUCUCGUCGUGUCUCGUCGUCGAACUGGGCAUGUCCCGCCCAUGGAUGGGAAAGAGGAAGGCCGUGGGCCUGCCUUGUUCGGGCGCCGAAAGGUACCAUAGGUAGCGCACCGUCUCGCCUCCAAAAUUAUCUUCAUUGGUUGCUCUCGCGGUUGCCUGUCGAUGCUUCGAUACGUAACCGCGUUCAUGAUGACGAUCCCACCCCCAGGAAAGAGAACACUAGGAAGGUUUCGAUUUCGAGAUCUUGACGGUGAGAUCUCAUCGUACUUACUGAACUGAUCGCCUCGCCCGCGUUGAUUGUAGUGUCCUUGUUUGGCUCGGGGAUAUCCUCGCGUAUAAAAGCAGGCCCCUCCUCCUAUCUGGUAGAGUCUCGCUUCUGCCGCCCUCUAGCAACAGCAUGCCGCAAGACACGCAUCGCCCGGGAUGGGUGCCCAGCGAGGAGUGUGCUCCGGCAUGGUGGCAAGACGAAAAUUCUCAGGCUUUUCAGGGCGAGGAACCCAUUCAGAGACCUUUCGUCCAACCUCACGCGUACACUCAUUUCUUGGAAUAUCCUCUGUAUCAACAAGGGAGCACAACGGGCCAUGCCCCCAGUGAACUUUCUGGCUUCGUCGCAGACCUGCCAGACGAUAGACAGUCAGUACCACUGAUGAACGCGAGCGCGCCGGCUUUUCGUCACCCUCUUCCCCCUGCGUCUUUCGGCGGCUCAUCAUGCGACCUCGGCACGUUCCCCCGUCAUGCCCCCGGUCCUCCAACGUACUUCACGCCCUCUCCGCUGGCGCCUCCGCCUCCUCCCUCCCCUGCUAUGUCCACCGCGUCCAUGGGCGCCUAUCACAUCCCCCCAUCGCCCUCUGACGCCACACGUGGCCUCGAUCAAACCAUUGGCCCCCGCCGCGACGUCGGUUCGGAGGCACAGGCAGCAGCAUCUCACCAGCGCCGUCACCCGGAGAACGUCGGGGAAUCGAAGUUUCGGUGCGAUAUGUGCGGCAGAACAUUUACUAGGAAGCACAACUACAAUGACCAUUUACUGCGACACGCGAAUCAGAAGCAGUUUGCCUGCGAUACGCCCAGUUGCGCAUCGCGCUUCAACACGAACGGCGACCUCAAAAGUCACAUCAAGAAGAUGCACCGAACAGCUGAGACGCCCUAGGAGCUAGCGUGAAUUGGGCACGGUCUGCUUUUGCCCCGUUAUUUCUCGUUUAGCACAGCUAUUCCUCGUCUCGCUCAAUCCAUCUGGAUGGAUAUUGUACUUCCCUGACCGCUCACGACAACAGAUACCUAAAUUGCUCUUACUAUAUACCAUCUUGGACCUUUAAUUCCUCGAGGCUACCCUCGUUGUCAUCAUGUAACAAGUAAUCCCUAUCGUAUAUUUAGCGGCGCGCCACCAACCCUCCCUGACGAGAGAAGAGGCACCUUUGACCACUU